AUGACCGUUGUGAAGGAACGACCUACAACAAUCAUUGCGCAGUCGCGAGAGGAGUUGUGUCACAAUGUCAAAAGUUAUCUUGUCGAAACACUAGCGCACCUAAUAAAGUAUAAUGGGCUUAUAUCCAUCGGCGUUUCCGGUGGCUCCAUGCCCCAGCUAUUUUGUGACGUUCUCAAAUCUAUCGAUAAUUUAGAAUGGAAGCGUAUUCGGAUAUUUAUGGUGGAUGAGCGGAUCGUCCCAAUCAAAGAUCCAGAUAGCAAUUAUGGUCAGUAUCUGGCAAACUUGCCACCUGAAUGUCAUCAAUACGUUAUCCCUAUCGAAAUAUUCGAUUCGGCACCGAAAACUGCUCUGCAAUAUGAAACGACUCUUCGUGCAACACUUUGUCCUGAACAGAUAGGUCGUCUACCAAGAUUCGACAUUCUGUUUCUUGGCAUGGGGAAUGAUGGUCACACAUGUAGCCUCUUUCCAGGUCAUAGGAUGCUUCAGAAGAAUGAUCUGUUAACAUGGGUAGUGGCGAUUACGGAUUCACCAAAGCCACCUUCUCAACGAAUUUCUCUCACUCUUCCUGUUUUAAAUGCUGCCAAAAAUGUUGCAUUUAUUGUAACCGGCGAAAGUAAAGCAGCAGUGGUUAAGAGUGUUCUUGAUUCUGAUAAUCAACACCUUCCGGCUUCAUUUGUACGACCAUUUAGCAAAAAGCUUAUCUUUUUUCUGGAUAAGGAUUCAGCAAGCAAGUUAUAG